CUACGUCGGGGUUUGUGUGCGCGAGAGGCCACUGGUAAAGGUUGGGUGCCUCGCGCCGGGGGCCGUUGGGAGGGAGCGCGACCCCGGCCCCCUCCCCGGCCCCCACCUCUGCACGGCCGCGGCCGGGACCCCGCCUUCCCGUCGACCCCCGCGGGAAGGUCCUGGGUCUCCUCCGUUCGUUCCCCGAGUCGGGGCCGCAGGUGUGAUGGUCGGCUCCCACGCGGACAUGGCGCCGGCCUCCACCAUGGAGGGCUCCGGGGAGAAGCCUGGCCCUGCGGCCCCCGCCCCGGCGGCCCAGUACGAGUGUGGGGAGUGCGGCAAGUCCUUCCGCUGGUCGUCCCGGCUCCUGCACCACCAGCGCACGCACACGGGCGAGCGGCCCUACAAGUGCCCUGACUGCCCCAAGGCUUUCAAGGGCUCAUCAGCCCUGCUCUACCACCAGCGGGGCCACACGGGUGAGCGGCCCUACCAGUGUGCCGACUGCCCCAAGGCCUUCAAGCGCUCCUCGCUUCUGCAGAUCCAUCGCAGUGUGCACACGGGCCUGCGGGCCUUCACCUGUGGCCAGUGCGGCCUGGCCUUCAAGUGGUCGUCGCACUACCAGUACCACCUGCGCCAGCACACGGGCGAGCGGCCCUACCCCUGUCCCGACUGCCCCAAGGCCUUCAAGAACUCAUCUAGCCUGCGGCGCCACCGCCAUGUGCACACGGGCGAGCGGCCUUACACCUGUGGCGUCUGCGGCAAGAGCUUUACCCAGAGCACCAACCUGCGGCAGCACCAGCGCGUGCACACCGGCGAGCGGCCCUUCCGCUGCCCGCUCUGCCCCAAGACCUUCACUCACUCCUCCAACCUGCUGCUGCACCAGCGCACACACGGCUCCGCCCCUGCGUCUGCCCCCACGCCCCCGCCACGUGAGCCUGCCAAGGUCUUGGUCGCUGACGCCUACCUGCAGCCUCAGCUGCACUCCCCCAGCCCGCCCGCGCCUCCGCCGCCUGCGCCUCCGCCGGUGGUGCCUGAGCUCUUUCUGGCUGCAGCUGAGACCACUGUGGAGCUGGUGUACCGCUGCGAUGGCUGCGAGCUGGGCUUCGGCAGCGAGGAACUGCUGCUGGAGCACCAGCCCUGCCCCGGGCCUGAGGCUGUGUCUGCGCCCCAGGAAACACCUGCGGAGAUGCCCACGGCCUCACCGCCGGCUCCAGCCCCAGAGCUACAGACCCCUCCUGCCACCGCCGCCCCUGGCUUCGCCUGCCUUCCCUGUGGGAAGUCCUUCCGGACAGUGGCCGGCCUCUCCCGCCACCAGCACAGCCACGGGGGGGCCAGUGGGCAGGCAUUCCGCUGCGGCAGCUGUGAUGGCGCCUUCCCGCAGCUGGCCAGCCUCCUGGCACACCAGCAGUGCCACGUGGAGGAGGCUGCAGCUGGGCGCCCACCUCCCCAGGCCGAGGCCGCCGAGGUCACCUGUCCACAGGAGCCACUGGCCCCUGCUGCACCCGCUCCACAGCCACCUGCGCCCGCCGCUGCCACCGCGCCGGCCUCCACUGAGCGGCCCUACAAGUGCGCUGAGUGUGGCAAGGCUUUCAAGGGCUCGUCCGGGCUGCGCUACCAUCUGCGGGACCACACCGGCGAGCGGCCCUACCAGUGUGGCGAGUGCGGCAAGGCCUUCAAGCGCUCGUCGCUGCUGGCCAUCCACCAGCGCGUGCACACUGGCCUGCGGGCCUUCACCUGCGGCCAGUGCGGCCUGACCUUCAAGUGGUCGUCGCACUACCAGUACCACCUGCGGCUGCACACAGGCGAGCGGCCCUAUGCCUGUGGGGAGUGCGGUAAGGCCUUUCGCAAUACGUCGUGCCUGCGGCGCCACCGCCACGUGCACACGGGCGAGCGGCCGCAUGCAUGCGGUGUUUGCGGCAAGAGCUUCGCGCAGACCUCCAACCUGCGGCAGCACCAGCGCGUGCACACGGGCGAGCGGCCCUUCCGUUGCCCGCUCUGCCCCAAGACCUUCACGCACUCCUCCAACCUGCUGCUGCACCAGCGCACACACUCAGCGGAGCGCCCCUUCGCCUGUCCUGUCUGUGGCCGCAGCUUCGUCAUGGCCGCCUACCUGCAGCGGCACCUGAGGACGCAUACCCCUGCCACCCCCGCUGCCGGUCCCCCACCCCCUGCCCCACUGGCUGCGGCCCCAGCUCUGCCAGCCACCCAAGAUGUCCACGUGCUCCCCCACCUUCAGGCCACACUUUCCCUGGAGGUGGCAGGGGGGCCACCCCAGGCCCCACCUCCAGGCCCGGCAGCCCCCAACUCCCAGACGUUCCUCCUGGUGCAGACCGCUCAGGGCCUCCAGCUCAUCCCCAGUAGCGUGCAGCCCCCGCCUCCCCCCGCCCCCCCCAAGCUCAUUAUUCUGCCCUCGCCCAGUACCGGUGGUGGGGGUGACAGAGCAAGGCAGGGCCCAAAGGCAGUGGGGAAAGCUGGACAGGGGACUGGAGUAGUAUGGCUGUCGGGCCCUGGGGGACUGGGGGUACAGGCAGGGGGCAACACUGGGGUCAGUGGGGGAGGGCAGAGCCUCAUCCUCCUGCAGAAUGUGGGGGGUGGGGAGGUGGGGCCACAGGAAGUGAGUGGGGUCCAGCUCCAGCCCCUCCGGCCAGCCCCGGAAGUGACCACGGUCCAGCUCCAGCCGGCACAGGAAGUGACCACAGUCCAGCUCCAGCCAGCACAGGAGGUGACCACAGUACAGCUCCAGCCUGUGGCGGGCCAGCUGUCAAACCCCAGUGGGGGAGCUGUGACCACUGAGGCCCCCAACCUGCUGGUAGUGCAGAGUGGGGCAGCAGAGGAAUUGCUGGCGGGCCCCAGCCCUGGUGAGCCGGGUGAUGGUGAGGCCAGCGCUGGUGUGGUCCAGGAUGUGCUCUUUGAGACGCUGCAGACAGACGAGGGGUUGCAGAGCGUCCUGGUACUGAGUGGGGCUGAUGGGGAGCAGACCCAGCUGUGUGUGCAGGAGGUAGAGACUGUCCCGUCAGGGCUGGCGGAGCCGCCUGCCCCGGGGCCGCCAGGACAGAAACUGCUUAUCAUCCGCAGUGCUCCGGCCACUGAGCUUCUGGAGAACAGUGUUGGGGGCGGUGCCGCCACGCUGCAGCUGCUGGCCCCGCCACCACUUGGUCCAGCCUCUGCCCCGGCUGGCAUCCCCGCGGCUGUGGCCUCCCAGAUGGUACAAGUGGUCCCCGCAGGAGCUGUGCCUGGGGGCAUGGCCCCUCAGGGCCUACCCUCCAUCCAGAUUCUUCAGACACUGCCCACAGUCCAGCUGGUGCACACGUUUUGAGUAGAACCACUGUUAACCUCUUCCUGCCUCCCAGAGACCCGGACUCCGCCUGUGCUGGGCCGGGGGCAGGAGAGCUGCAGGCAGGGCUCCCUAAUAAAGAUCAGAUUCUCCUC